UUGUAUGUUUUAAGAGGACAUGGCUCCACCCCAGACUCGGUCCCUGAUGUCAAAGAAAAGGACCUGUCCAACUGAUGAAUCCUCCCAGACACAGGAGGUCCAGGUUGUUCCCCUUCCAAAGGUAUUUAGGACUUGAAGAGAGCUUCUAAUGAUAUUACAUUUAAACAAACUGACAAGUCAGACUUUUUCUUUAAUUAUUAGGAUGCAGAAGGAGAUAUUAAAGAAGCCGAUAAGAUGCUGCAGCAGACUGAUCUCCAAGAAAGUGCAGCAGUCCCAAAUAUACAGCAUGAGGGAGAGGAGCCGUCCAGUCUCUCAAAAGCAGAUGAAAGCAACUCAGAAGAGGUAGAUGCCACAGGCGUCUCAAAUAAUGGGAAAGAAGAGACCACUGUCUGUGAUCCCAGCCAUCGUUUUGAGCUGGAGACCUGCUGCGUACAAACUAACGAUUGUACCAACGGAAAUAAAACAGGUUCAGGAGAAUGUAGUAGAUCGCCAGGCCAACCCCAGAUAUUUGUGCCCACCGCUGAAGACGACAGAAAACCCGACUGCGAUGUUUUGGAGAAGCAAGUGGUCGGAGAGGAACGCUCCAACUUGAAGAGAAGUCAAGACACCAACGACAAUAAGCCCAGCUGCGGCACGGCGGACGUCAAGGAGUCGGCGGCGGGUUUACCGGCCAAGAAGAAGCGAAGGAUGGGCAUGUGUGGUCUGACAGAGAAGGAACGGAGUCACAUUCUACAGGCACAGCAGCGGGAGAGUGUGGAGGAGGGAGCAGGGAGUGCAGGAAAAGCCGUAUGUGAUGAAACCGCUGAGCCUUUAGCUUCAGAGGACGAUGUCCCCCCAAACCAUUUACACUCCACACCUCCUCAUGCCUCAGCAGAUGUCAGAGAGGAAAGGGAGGAAGAGCCUCAGCCUGAUGAUCACCAAGCUGAAACCGAAGUCCACAGUUCUGUGACCGACACGGACGGAACCGGCACCACAAGUAAUCCAGGAUGUUCAGAGGAAAGAGAUUCUGAGGCUAAAGACGGAUCUCUGACUGAUCCAGAACUAAAUGGCAACACAGAACCAAUUCAACUCGCACAGGAAGGGGAAGAGAAACAUCUGGAGAACCUGCAGCCACCAAAAGUCAAGGACGUCGCUCUAGUGCCUGAAAUCCAAACCAAAUCAGAGGAAGAUUUGUCACCAAGAGAACAAACGAAUUCUCUCCACUCUUUCAUUGCAAAGCAGCAGGAGGAAAGUGAUGCUGACGCGGCUCAUCCACAGAGGUGCAGUGUGAACGGGACAGCAGAUGAAAGCAAACUGGAGGUGACUGAUGGGAAUGGUGGUGGUGAAGAAGGAGCUUCCUCUGCAGCGACUCAAUCUGCAGAAUUAAACUGUGAGGCUUCACUGGCUCCCACUGCCCAAGAGAUGAGUAACAGCUGUGAUCCGAAUGAUGAUGAUGAUGCUGCUGGUCCCUCUGUCGUCCACACUGAGCGCGCUCCAUCCAGGAACCCGGAGGACUCGUCGGGCUCUGGAGUCUUAGAUUAUGUGUCGGACUCGCAGCUCAACACCAUUGCUCUCAUUGAGGAAAUGAAGGAAGGACCUGAUCCAUCGGGUCAUCUUGAAGAUGCCACAGAGCUGAUCUGUGGACUGAUCAGAGAACUCUCUUCUCUGAACCGAAAGGUUAUGGUCGCCCAUCGAGAACUGGAGAACCUGCGGCGUAAACCUUCAAGAAGCUCUGUACGUUAAAGACUGUUUUCCAGACGAUUUUGUUCUCAUGUUUUUCUCUUGUUUAGAGUUCCUUGGUAAAGUACAAAAGACGACACAAAGUAUUUCCCUAGUUUUCCACAUUCUUCUGAAUGUUUGCUUUGGCUAUGUUGAUGAUCUAGUUCAUCCUCAAUAAAUCUAUGAGAUUCAUACGACCAGAAUCUAUUCUUAACCUAGGAGGACCGAUGAGCUGCUUUUAGGUAUUUUAAUGUUACAACAAUUUAAUCAGUCUCAAUGGCUAAAUUUACCAGUCUGCUAUUAAUUAAAAUAUCUGGUUGAAGGAU